GGUUCUUCUGAUAUAUUAUCAAGCAAGAAAAUCUUGUUACUUGAGACUAGUCAAAAAACAGAAUAUGAUGUUGACCCAAACAAAUAUUCUAAUCGAGUAUGUGCUUUGAAUCAGAACACAAAACUGCUUUUUGAACGUUUGGGAAUCAUGUUCAGAUGCAAGAAUUGCGUUUCAGCAUGAGGGAAUGCAAGAUAAUGUGGCAUAUAUUGUUGAAAAUAAUGCUAUACUUAAUGCUUUGUAUUCUGUCGUAAAAGAAUCUGGAAAUAGAAUUGAAGUUAUGAAAGGUGCCAAAGCAGCAGAUUACUCUUUGCCGACUGAGCAGGAUGACUUAGUCACUGUCACUCUUGGAAAUGAUACAGUUUUAAGAACUAAAUUACUGAUUGGAGCUGAUGGAGUAAAUUCUCUUGUUCGCAAAAAACUGAAUGUUAAAUAUAUCAGUUGGAAGUAUAAUCAGAAAGGUAUCGUUGCAACAUUAAAACUAUCUGAGCCUACAGAAAAUAUUGUAGCUUGGCAGCGUUUUCUAACAACUGGACCUGUUGCUUUACUGCCAUUGUCUGAUGACCAGUGCUCUUUAGUAUGGACAGUCUCUUUGCCUAUGAGUGAAAAACUUCUAGAAAUGCCAGAGGAGGAAUUUGUUGAUACUUUAAACUCAGCAUUAUGGAAUGAAGAAAAUAAGAAUUCUGUUGUGGAUUCAGCUGUUUCUACUUUGAAAAAUAUGAUAUCAUCCAUUUUUCCUGGUGCUGAGUCAGUUCGUCAGCUUCCUCCAAGUAUAUUAUCAGUAGAACCAAAUAGCAGAGCUGCAUUUCCAUUAGGAUUAGGACAUGCAGCAGAAUAUGUAGCUCCAAGAGUUGCUUUAAUUGGAGAUUCUGCUCAUCGAGUGCAUCCGUUGGCUGGUCAAGGUGUUAAUUUAGGUUUUGGUGAUGUAGAAUGCCUCACUGAAUGCCUUGAAACUUCAGUUUAUAAUGGAGAGUGUGUAGGAAAUCUGGAUUCCUUGCUGGAUUAUGAAAUGAAAAGACAAAGGCAUAUUCUUUCAACAAUGCUUGCAAUAGAUGCUUUGCACAGGUUGUACAAGACUGAAUUUACACCUAUUGUUUUGAUGAGAAGUCUUGGUGUUACUGCUUUAGACGUCUUACAUCCAAUAAAGAAACAAAUAAUGCAUCAAGCAUCCGGUUGAAUAAGGAACCUGUGGAAGUAAAUGCAUUCUGAAAAUAAGGAUAAUUGGAGAAGCAAGAUACCUGAGAUCAUUUUUACCAUUUGAUUAAGAACAGUUACUCUCUUGUGGCUCAGGAAAAGUUUCAGAGCAAUUUCAGAACGUUUUUUUUUCGGGGGGGGGGGAGGAUCUGCAGAUUUUCAACAUUAUGUAAGCAUAUGAACUGCUCAUGUUCUCUAUAGUAUCAUUUAAAUGUCUGUGUGGUGUUAUUAAAAAUUUUUAUGCAGUGUCCCUGUUAUUGGCAUA